AAAUAAUAUUUCUGAUAAACACCUCCACAUCAAUGAGCUUGAACAACAUUCACAAAAGACAGAGAAUUAAUGAAGACGCCUCACUAGCAUAUGACAUGUCUAGUUAUGGAUGCUACAUUAAUUCUGACUCAAACUUAGCAAGAACCUCAAGAAAGAGACGUGCUCCAAAUGCUUCCAAAAAUGGAAAGUCUAUAAAAACAAAUAAGAGCAUUUUUAAAGUUGCGAAAGGAUGCUCUGGCAAGAGAAGGAAACAUAUCCUUAACUUUGAACAGAUCAGUGUUUUGGAGAACUACUUCCACAUCGAUCCUGACUGGAAAAUGGCAACAGUUGAUGCAGCAGCUACUCAACUCGGCCUUCCAGUGAAGAAGAUCUAUAAAUGGGGAUACGACAGAAAGCAUGUCUCAAGAAGCUUGGGAGAAAUCAAACCAACAAACUCUGAUGACUUCAAUGGACUUGUAGACGAAAUUUUAAUGCUAAAGUCUAAAGAAGCUGAUAUGACAAAGAAAACCUACCCAAAGAGAGAAAAAGCAGCUAACAAAUCCUCUUUUACCGAGAAGAAUUCCUCUGGCAAUCAGAAGCAGAAUAACCUAGAACAAAAUUUAACCAGUAUUGAAGAUUUUUCCGAUUUUAAAUUCAAUGAUAUUGAGAAGACUCUUUCUGCUGACUUGAAUACUACCUCUCCUAAAGCAGAGCAAAGACAACAGGUUACCUCAACUUAUAGUAAGGAAUUAACAGAGGGAUUUAUCUCCGAUACUUAUAAGGACUCAUUCUGGCCGACUGAGGACUUUUUCGGGCAGAAAAUCUGAGAUGCAGAUAUUUCAACACAAAAUGUAUUCUCACUCGAUCAUUUGCAAUUUGAGAACAUCUGGUCGCCCCUGUUGUAAUCCCAGACCUUACAACAGGGAUUUAGGAAUUUUAGGUUAAUUAAUUCUAAUAAUAAUUCACUAAAAAGUAUUUUUCCAGGGAAAACUCCAUUAUUUUUAAGGGAUUAAAAAUUUCCAAAAAUGAAACAGUGUCUCUAUCCCUGAGUCAUUACGAUUCAGAUACCCUACCAGUACAAAGCUCAUAAAGCAAAAAUAAAAUCCAUUCAGUUGUCCAGUUAGAAUUCUCAAAGGGAAAAUUAUAUAAUGAAUACACUUCAUCUCUGAUCAAUUUUUUCUGAUGUUCAUGUCUGAGACUAAUUAGAAGGUCUAUUCUGUUGGUCCUAUUUUGCUAAUUUCGGUUUUACAAAUUAACAAAAAGUACAGUUCAUUUUUGGCAUAAAUGAUUUCUGAAACAGAAAAGUAGUUACUGAAACUGGUGCUAAAUCAUUCUCAGAUCAAACUGAGUUGCUGUAUGUUAGCUCUUCUCCUUUUCUUUGUUAUAGAUAACAUUUGGCAAAUGCCAUCGUGAAAAUUCCUAAUUUCUCAAUUUAAGCUAACAAAUUCUGUGAAUGUUCAAAUUAGGUUAUAAGCAGGAUUAGAGUUACAACAUACUUGAGCCAAUAGGGCAGGCGCUACCUCUGUUAGAGACACUCUUUAUGCUAUUAGUAAAGCAAGGAUGCGCUUA